AUGUGUUCCCACCAGACAGUCCGUCUCCUUCUCCUCUUCUACUCCCUGAUCGUUCCGUUCGUUUCCUCCCAAUGCCGUGACCUCCAUCCCUAUUGCGAACUCUUCAAAACUCUCGAGUUGUGCUCUUCGAAUGCUGCUCAGGAGCCGAUCAUGAAGUACAACUGUGCGCAGACGUGCGGAUUCUGCGGGACCAAAGUCGGAAGUUGCGUGGAUCGACUGUCCAACUGCGCCGAGUACAAGUCGUCGGGACUGUGCGAAUCGGACGAUAAACUGCGGAUCGAGUACGCGUGUCCGUUGACUUGCGACGUCUGCUCCAGUCCCGUCUGA